AUGGGGCAUCUCCAUCUGCGAAAUCGUUUUACAGAUGCUCUAAUGGCAAAUGUUCCACCUUUUCAACCACUACCUAAUCCUCAAGGGAUAUACAAUCAUGCAUUUCAAAACAUGGGCGAAGUUUCAACAAAACCACCAGAAAAAGAAACAUCUACUACACUCUUGAUACGUCAUCUUCCUGAAGCUAUUCCCCAUGAUACCCUCACUCGUCUUUUUUCCCAUUAUGGUGCUUCUUCUGUUCGUCCAUGCACUACUGGAAGGAUGAGAAACUGUGCAUUUGUUGAUUUCAAUAAUGAAGGUUUAGCAACUCAAGCACAACGCCAAUUGAAUGGGUUACGUUUUCUUGGUAAAGUCUUGUCAGUUGAGAGAGCUACAACAUCACCGCAUGAUACCAAAACUCAGCAAAACAAACCAAAGUUAGGGAACAACGCCAUGUCAGCAAAGGAUGAUGCUGAUGUUGCCAAAGAUUUGAAGCAAGAAUCCAUGACCAAGUCCACAUCAGCAUUUGAACCUAUUGCUGAAAAACUUGGGGUGGAGUACCCUUUUCCUCCUCACCUUGAAUAUGCAUACCCUCCACCAGAUGGGAAUAUCUUGACCAACAUUCUAAAUGCUCUUAUUGCUGUUCCUCGCUUCUACACACAGGUGUUGCAUUUGAUGAACAAAAUGAAUAUUCCAGCCCCAUUUCGUUCAGCACUACCCACCCCACCCCUACCCCCUACCCACCCACCCCCACCCCCUCCUGUAGUUUCACAUCUCUCAAGUGGUGAAUCAGAAUUGGAGUCUUCAGAUGAGGAAAAUGUUGGAGGUAAGAGAAAGCGUAUAAAACGGGAAUCCAUUGUGGGUCCCGCUGUUGACAAGGAUGUAGCACAUGAAGCUGUUGGAUUGAGAGCUGCAACUUUAGUUCCUAAAGAGAUUCCAUUGAUAAAGAAGAAAAAUCCCGUGUUGCAGAUUAAAAUUACUCCUAAACAAACUCAAACUGAACAAAUAGAUGAUGAAAUAGCAGAAGAUGUAGAGGAGGUGGAGAAUGAGAAUUUAAGUAGUAAAUCUUUUGCUAGUGUUGAAGAUUUAGAGCAUGGAAAAUUACCCCCUGAAGAAAUUUUAUCACUUCCAAUGUUUAAGAAUUAUAAUGCUGGAAAUCCUGCUCCUGUGUUGUACAUAAAAAACUUGUCAAAAGAUGUGGUUGUAGAUGACUUCUAUUUUGUCUUUGGUUCAUUCUUUGGAAGCAUUGAAACAGCUAAAACAAAUCUUUCUGUGAAGCUAAUGCAGGAGGGAAGAAUGAGGGGUCAAGCAUUUGUAACAUUCCCAUCAGUUGACAUUGCUCAUCGUGCUCUUAAUUUAGUAAAUGGAUUUGUGUUUAAAAGCAAGCCAAUGAUUAUUCAGUUUGGCCGGAAUACUUCAGCUAGUAAAACAUAAAACCCGAUUAAAAAAAUAGGGGUAAUAUCGUCAAUUUACGUUCUCAAGCUUUAACGUAUGUGGAUCCACGUGGGUGAUGAAGGGAUCGGUCACGUGCAUCUCCAUCUACCAUAUAGGACCUUAUCUAUAUAUCGUGGUCCUGACGCUUGAAUUUCAUCGCUUUCUAAUAUUUACAUUUUACCCCCAUGAGUUUUAUAGGAUGUUCAUUUUCUAGUAUGAUAUUUUAACGUUUAACUGAUGGUUUGUAUUAUUGUAUAUCUCUAGUUUACAUGUUAAUUAUUAUUGGUCCAAAAACAAAUUCUCUACAAAGUUGUGUGAAAACAAUGC